AUGUCAUCAUUAUCUAUUCUUAAAUUCGUUGCCAAUGUGGCCUUUGCAUUUGGCGGUGUAUAUAUAUUGAACAAAUUCCUGGACAAAGUAGAAAAUGAGGAACCUGAACAAGAAAGACAUAAGGAGACCACAAGGAUAAGAGUGAUAGUUGAUUCCGGAUUGACACAAUAUUCAGCAGCAUUCAUAUUGAAUGUAUUGCAUAAGUAUCAACAGGCAACUAUCAAGAGUCUAUCAAAGCCUAGACAUUUGAGUGGAUACUCGGCCACCAUCUACUCAGAGUUCAACCUUCCGCCUCAUGUUGACUUUCACUUCAAGUCCUACUUUGUGUCCGAGAUGAUAUUACUAUACUUAUCAUCAUCCAAGAGUAUCAGAGGCUAUGAUCACAACACUGUUCCAUCUGGAACUCCCCUAUUCCGAGUUCUCCAACUUGAUGGUAAUGGUGCAGGUCAUAACAAAUGGAAAGAGUACCAUCAUUUAUCAAGAGCCAAAGUAAUCCGAGAGAGUGAAUGA